UUAGUUACCUUGGCUCUCGUUGGACGACGACACGAUACCAGAGUUCCAGAGCGCAGGCGCAGUGCAAACAUGGACGUCUCACCGUUUGCUGUGGUGUUGCUCGCUGCUCUGCUCUCCCUCCUCUUCUUCGCCACCAGGAACAGGAAGCCUUCCGAUGGCUGGUGCCGUCUGCCUCCGUCGCCGCGGGGGCUUCCCCUCCUCGGCCACCUGCCACUCCUCGGUCCCCUGCCCCACCGCAAGCUCCAGACCAUGGCGGCCUCCCACGGCCCGGUCAUGCUCCUGCGCCUCGGCCGCGUGCCCACCGUCGUGGCCUCCUCGGCGGCCGCGGCGCAGGAGAUCAUGAAGACCCGCGACCUGGCGUUCGCAAGCCGCCCGAGGGUGCGCAUGGCCGAGCGCCUCGUCUACGGCCGCGACAUGGCCUUCGUCCCCUACGGCGAGCACUGGCGCCAGGCGCGCCGCGUCUGCGUGCUCCACCUCCUCAGCCACCGCCGCGUCCAGUCCUUCCGCCACGCCAGGGAGCAGGAGGCCGCCGCCAUGGUCGACCGCGUCCGCCGCCGCGCCUCGCCGGGCGGUGAUGCCGUCAACGUCACCGCGCUCAUCAUCUCCUACACCAACGGCAUCAUCUCCCGCGCCGCGUUCGGCGACGAACAGAGCUUCGGGCAGCACGACGGCGGCGAGGAGCUCACCGAGCUGUUCGCCGACUUCGAGGGGCUGCUCGGGACGGUCACCAUCGGGGACUUCGUGCCGUGGCUGGCGUGGGUCGACACGCUCAUGGGGCUCGACGCCAGGGCGGCGCGUACGUCCGCGCGGAUGGACGCCUUGCUCGAGCGAGUCAUCGCCGAACACCGCCAGAAGCGCCGUGACGGCCGCUGGGAGGACGACGGCCACCGGGACUUCGUCGACGUGAUGCUGGACGUGAACGAGGAGGCAGAGAAGAACGCCGGAGGAGGGGGAGUCAUGUUUGACAACGUAGCCAUCAAGGCCAUUAUCCUGGACAUGUUCGCCGCCGCCACGGACACGACCUACACCACGUUGGUCUGGGCCAUGGCGGAGCUCAUCAACCACCCCCAAGAGAUGCGCAAGGUCCAAGACGAGAUCCGCGGGGCCGUCGGCGGCGGCGACAGCGUCACGGAGGACCACCUGCCGAAGCUCCGCUACCUCAAGUGCGUGAUCAAGGAGACGUUCCGGCUGCGCACGCCGUUGCCGCUCCUCCUGCCCCGGGAGACAAUGGAGGACACCGAGCUGCUCGGCUACCACGUUCCAGCGCGCACCCGGGUCAUCAUCAACGCCUGGGCCAUCGCACGGGACCCGGCGGCAUGGGAGCUCCCCGAGGAGUUCGUGCCGGAGCGGUUCGCCGGCGACGACCUGACGACGGACUAUCUGCUUGGGCAGGACUUCAGGUUCGUGCCGUUUGGCGCCGGGAGGAGAGGGUGUCCUGGGGUCGGGUUCGCCGUGCCAGCCAUGGAGCUCGCAUUGGCGAGCCUGCUGUACCACUUCGACUGGGAGCUGCCGGCCGGUGGGCCGUCGAAGCUGGAGAUGGACGAGCUGAAUGGGCUAUCGGUGCGGCUUAAGACGACGCUGAAUUUGGUUGCUAAGCCACGGUCUCCUCAGUAAUAUAAAGAUCACCAUGUAUUUGGAUUUUCACCUGAGUUACUGCCUCCCAAUCGCCUCAUCGUCUCGCCCCAAUAGCUCUUCGCCUUUGCAGUGAUGGAGAAGAUCGGUGUAGCUAGCCAAGGAUGAUACAUAACAUAGGAUGAAGAUCAAGGAGAGAAGAGGAAACUUUUAGGUGUUGAAUUUUAUUUGUCCCUUUUUGAGUAAUGUUACAGUUACACCUAUAAAUAUGUUCUAAAAUCUCUAGUCACAUGUGUGAUGUGAACAAUAUAACAACAGCUAUGAAUGGUGAUUUGAACUUACCAAUUGAAUAGGUUUGUAGUUAUGUGUAA